CUGGUUAACAUCAAGCUAAAACUAUGGGCUCCAUGCAUUAUUUUACUAGGGUAUUUAAUGUAAGCGACCAUUUGACGCCACACGUACUAGCACAGACAAACGGUAAGAUCGGCGUCUUUGAAACAGGAGUUCUCUCUCUCUUCCCCUCUCCAUUCGAUCGAUCGAAUAAGAGGCGCCGUCCCGCCACGCCCGGGCCUGCCACUGCCGCUGGGUAGCUGCCGAGCUUCCGCCGUGCGCCAUCGCGAUCGAUCUGUUCCUUAGGUAAUCCCUCGCAGUGUAGCUACAGUGGCGAGAAUGCGAGGGAUUUAGCUUGCGUCCAGCUGCUGCCCACACGGCAUUUCGCGAUCCGGGCGGGAGCGUGGAGAUUUCGGCAGGAAAUGUAGGUAGGGAUUGCGAUCCGGCCUGAAUCGGUGGGUCUGGGGUUGGGGAUAGAGGGGGAUUAUGGCGAAUGGCGCGCCCCUGGCGUCGCCGGGCUCGUCCGGGAGGAGGCUUAGCAGGACGUAUACGAAUGGGAUGUUCUCCGGCGAGGUUCUCGACAGUGAGGUGGUUCCUUCGUCGCUUGCCCCCAUUGCUACCAUUCUCCGGGUCGCCAACGAGAUAGAGCCAGAGCGGCCGCGCGUUGCUUAUCUGUGUCGAUUCUAUGCGUUUGAGAAGGCGCAUCGUCUUGAUCCUACGUCUAGUGGGCGAGGCGUUCGGCAGUUCAAGACAGCUCUUUUGCAACGCCUUGAGAAGGAUAACGAGAGGUCGAUCAGAAGCAGAGUGAAGCGCAGUGAUGCACGAGAGAUUCAGAGCUUUUACCAGCAGUACUAUGAGCAGUAUGUCAAGGCUCUGGAUGGCGCUGAACACGCAGACAGAGCCCAACUUGCAAAGGCUUAUCAGACCGCAGGAGUCCUCUUCGAGGUUCUUUGUGCUGUCAACAAGACUGAAGAAGUUGCCCCUGAGAUUAUUGCAAUGGGUCGAGACAUCAAGGAGAAGAAGGAAAUAUACGUUCCGUAUAAUAUUCUCCCGCUUGACGUUGCAGGCUCGUCACAAGCAAUAAUGCAGCUUCCAGAGAUCAAAGCCGCAGUCGAUGCGUUGAGAAAUAUUCGCGGGCUACCAUGGUCAGCUGCAACCAAACAGUCAAAUAAAGAUGUUAUUGAUUGGUUGAAGGAGAAGUUCGGCUUUCAGAAAGAUAACGUCUCCAACCAGAGGGAGCACCUGAUUUUACUCCUUGCUAACGUUCAUACGCGCAUACAAUCAAAGACUGAAACUAUCAAUAAGCUAGAAGACCAGGCCAUCAAUGAGGUCAUGCGCAAACUUUUUAAAAACUACAAGAGCUGGUGCAAGUUUCUGGGACGCAAAAGUAGUCUUACUCUUCCGGAUAUUCAACAAGACAUCCAGCAACGCAAACUCCUAUACAUGGGGUUGUAUCUUCUAAUCUGGGGAGAAGCAGCUAAUCUUCGUUUCAUGCCUGAAUGCCUCUGCUACAUAUUUCAUAAUAUGGCUCUAGAGCUUCACGGGAUGCUGGCUGGUAACGUGAGUUUCGUGACUGGUGAGAACAUUAAACCUGCAUAUGGUGGUGAGGAAGAAUCCUUUCUUCGCAAGGUUGUGACGCCGAUAUAUGAGAUCAUUCAAAAGGAAGCUGCGAGCAAUGAAUGUGGUACAGCGACCCAUUCAUCCUGGCGAAACUAUGACGACCUGAACGAAUAUUUCUGGUCCGACCACUGUUUUCGCUUGGGAUGGCCCAUGCGCGCCGAUUCGGACUUUUUCGUUCCGCCUUUGACAACAACACCAUUUCAGACAAUCUCCAAGAAGCCGGUUACGAGGAAGCUAAACAAAAUCGGAUUCGUAGAAAUACGUUCCUUUUGGCAUAUAUUCAGGAGCUUUGACAGAAUGUGGACGUUUUAUAUCUUAUGCCUUCAGGCAAUGAUCAUUUUGGCUUGGAGCAAAACAAAUUCGCCAUCUGACAUAUUUGAAGACAAGAUGCUUAAAAAGCUUUCGAGUAUUUUCAUAACGGCCUCAAUUCUUCGUCUUCUGCAGAGCGUUCUCGAUAUUGCUUUUACCUUUAAGGCCUCUCGAAACAUGCGAUUUACGGGAAUGCUGAGGCUCGUCCUUAAGUUCGCUAUAUCUUUAGCCUGGGUGAUUACUCUUUCCACAUUAUAUGCUCAUUCGUGGGAGCCAAACGGAUUGAUGAAAUCUGUAAAGAACUGGCUUGGACAAAACUGGAGGAAUCCAUCGCUAUAUACUGCUGCUUUGGUUUUGUAUCUUCUGCCAAAUUUUCUGGGAGCAGCCUUUUUUGUCUUUCCAUUGUUGCGAAGAUGGAUAGAAAAUUCUAACUGGCGGAUAGUUCGCUUAAUGCUGUGGUGGUCACAGGUCCCACUGUAUGUUGGUCGAGGAAUGCAUGAAGACCAGUUUACAUUGUUCAAGUAUACAAUGUUUUGGAUACUGCUCGUUAUUAGCAAACUUCUGUUUAGUUACUACGUUCAGAUCAAGCCUCUGGUGGAGCCCACGAAGCGGAUCAUGGGAGUGAGACAAAUAGUAUACACUUGGCAUGAACUGUUUCCGAACGCGAAAAAAAAUAUUGCCGCUGUUCUUUCAUUGUGGUCUCCUGUUAUUCUGAUAUACUUCAUGGACACACAAAUUUGGUAUGCUAUAUACUCGACGUUGUUUGGUGGGAUUUUGGGCGCUUUCAGGCGACUUGGGGAGAUUCGAACGCUGGGCAUGUUGAGAUCGAGGUUCCGUUCGUUACCUGGAACUUUCAACGAGAAUCUAAUUCCCGUUGAUAAAGCGCCUCGAAAGGGAUUUUCUUUCUCUCGAAAAUUUGAACAGAAUACAGGGAAGGACAGGAAACAAGCUGCAAGAUUUUCUCAGCUUUGGAAUGAAGUCAUCACUAGUUUUCGUGAAGAGGACCUUAUCAACAACAGGGAAAUGAACUUGAUGCUUGUUCCAUAUUCAUCGGAUCCUAAUCUUUCGAUUGUGCAAUGGCCACCAUUCUUAUUGGCUAGUAAGAUUCCUGUUGCAUUGCAAAUGGCUGCAGAAUAUCGCGGAAAAGACAAUAUAGAUCUCUGGCGCAAAAUCAAGGCCGAUGACUACAGGCAUUGCGCUGUUGAGGAAUGUUAUGAAGCCUUCAAAGCCGUCAUUAAAACAAUUAUUAGAAAUGAACCGGACAAGCGAAUUAUUGAAGAUAUAAUACGCACUGUCGAGCGGGACAUCCAAGCCAAUACAUUUCUGCAUCAUUUCAAAUUAAGCGCUCUGCCUUCACUUGCUUCAAAAUUUGUGAGGCUGGUGGAGCUUCUGGCUCGUCCGGAUCCAAACGCCCGGGAUACGGUCAUCUUACUCCUGCAAGAUAUGUAUGAAGUUGUCACAAAAGACAUGAUGGUCGAAGAAGUGGAACUUAAAAAUACCAAGCACUCAAAUUCCACAAAUCAGCUAUUCGACUCUGUUCUUUAUCCACCCCCCGCUACAGACGCGUGGUUUGAGCAAGUCAAUAGACUUCAUUUGCUUUUGACUGUAAAAGAGUCUGCUAUGGAUGUCCCCGUGAACCUAGAAGCCCGCCGACGUAUUGCGUUCUUCACAAAUUCGUUAUUCAUGGAUAUGCCACGUGCUCCUCGAGUCAGGAAAAUGCUACCGUUCAGCGUGCUCACUCCGUACUACAGUGAAGACAUUGUUUUUACCAAGGAGCAGCUUCAUCUAGAGAACGAAGACGGUGUUUCUAUACUUUUCUACCUUCAAAAGAUAUAUCCAGACGAAUGGGAUAACUUUUUGGAGAGAAUCGCAUGUAAGUCGGAUGCUGAUGCGUGGGGGAACGAGGAGUUCGAAAUGCAGCUUCGUCAUUGGGCAUCAUUUAGGGGGCAAACUCUUCUAAGAACUGUAAGGGGAAUGAUGUACUACCGAAGAGCACUCGAACUACAAGCGUUUCUUGACAUGGCAUCUGACGACGAGAUAUUGGAAGGCUACAAAGUGAUUGGUUGCUCUUCAAAGGAAACGAAAAAGAGUCAAAGAUCUGUAUGGGCGCAGUUGCAAGCUGUCGCCGACAUGAAGUUCACAUACGUUGCUACUUGUCAGAUUUAUGGACUUCAAAAGCGCUCAGGUGAUCAGCGAGCAACAGAUAUAUUGAACCUUAUGCUGAAGCAUCCAUCACUUCGCGUUGCAUAUAUUGAUGAAGUUGAGGAGACGCAGAAAGACAAUAAAAGCAAGAAAGUAUACUACUCUGUCUUGGUAAAGGCUGUCGACGGGCUUGAUCAGGAAAUAUACAGGAUAAAGUUACCAGGUCCAGCUAAACUAGGGGAGGGAAAACCGGAAAAUCAAAAUCAUGCAAUUAUUUUUACGCGAGGCGAGGCUCUUCAGACGAUUGAUAUGAACCAGGAUAACUACUUGGAGGAAGCAUUCAAGAUGCGAAAUCUUUUGGAAGAAUUUCAUGAAGAUCACGGGGUGAGGCCUCCUAGUAUUCUUGGUGUGAGGGAACAUAUUUUUACGGGAAGUGUUUCUUCCCUGGCGUGGUUUAUGUCGAACCAAGAAACAAGUUUUGUCACGAUCGGGCAGCGGGUGCUUGCAAAUCCAUUAAAGGUGCGGUUCCAUUACGGACAUCCAGAUGUAUUCGACAGACUCUUUCACAUAACAAGAGGUGGCAUCAGCAAAGCUUCAAAAGUUAUCAAUCUGAGCGAAGAUAUUUUUGCUGGGUUCAAUUCAACUUUGCGACGAGGAAAUGUAACACAUCACGAAUACAUACAGGUCGGGAAGGGCCGUGAUGUUGGACUGAACCAAAUAACACUUUUUGAGGCAAAAGUAGCAAACGGGAAUGGUGAACAGACUUUGAGUAGAGAUAUCUAUCGACUCGGCCAUCGUUUUGAUUUUUUCCGCAUGAUGUCCUGCUAUUUUACAACAGUUGGUUUCUACGUCAACGCCCUGAUCGUGGUGCUCACAGUCUAUGUUUUUCUCUACGGACGGCUGUAUCUAUCAUUAAGUGGCAUGGAGAAGUCGCUGUUAAAAGUUGCAAACAUGAAGAAAGACGUGAGCCUGCAAGCUGCCUUGGCCUCCCAAUCGUUGGUUCAGCUUGGAUUAUUGAUGGCACUUCCAAUGAUCAUGGAGAUCGGUCUUGAGAGGGGCUUUCGUACAGCAAUCAGCGACUUCAUCAUAAUGCAGCUUCAACUGGCUUCCGUUUUCUUUACCUUUUCUCUCGGCACCAAGGUUCACUAUUUCGGUAGAACGAUACUGCACGGAGGGGCAAAGUACAGAGCUACCGGCCGAGGCUUCGUCGUUCGUCAUGAAAGAUUUGCUGAGAAUUAUCGGUUAUAUUCGAGAAGCCACUUCACCAAAGCGUUGGAACUCAUGAUCCUGCUGAUUGUCUACGUGGCUUAUGGUUCGUCCGGGAAUGGUGCGGUCGCUUAUAUGUUCAUCACGGCUUCUAUGUGGUUCCUGGUGGUCACCUGGCUAUUCGCUCCCUUUCUGUUCAAUCCGUCGGGUUUCGAGUGGCAAAAGAUCGUGGAAGACUGGGACGACUGGAACAGGUGGAUUGCUAACUCGGGAGGAAUAGGAAUUGCCGCGGUGAAGAGCUGGCAGUCCUGGUGGGACGAGGAGCAUUCCUAUCUCAACCACACAGGCUUGCGUGGUAGAAUCAUGGAAUCUCUCUUGGCGAUACGCUUCUUUCUGUAUCAGUAUGGCCUCGUCUACCACCUCAACAUCACCAGCGGUCACAAGAACAUUCUGAUAUACGCUCUGUCGUGGCUUGUGAUAAUCGGCAUUUUGAUCGUUUUAAAGAUCGUGUCGAUGGGACGAAGACGCUUCAGUGGUGACUUCCAACUCAUGUUCCGGCUCUUAAAGGGGAUGCUCUUCAUGGGAUUUGUUUCGAUAAUCAUCAUACUCUUCGUGGUGGUUGGCCUGACGGUCGGAGAUCUCUUCGUCACGCUACUCGCGUUCCUCCCAACUGGUUGGGCCCUCUUGCAGAUAGGAAUGGCGUGCCGGCCACUGGUGGAAUCGAUGGGCUUCUGGGGCUCCGUCAGGGCCCUGGCACGGAGCUAUGAGUUCUUCAUGGGGCUGCUCAUCUUCACGCCCGUUGCGAUCCUGGCGUGGUUCCCAUUCGUGUCCGAGUUCCAGACGCGGCUACUCUUCAACCAGGCCUUUAGCCGCGGCCUCCAAAUCUCUCGGAUCCUUGCGGGCCGGAAGAAACUCGGUGAAUGAAAGAUCGACCAUAUGACCAUGCAAGGAAAGAUGUCACAGGUCCUCUCGUUUUGCAGUUUUGUACAAAACGGAACUUUACGACGAAUAUGAUCACUAACAGACACACACAUUUUGUACGAGUCUAGAAACAAAGUCAAUGUGAUCUACUUCUGAAACAAAGUUAAUGUGAUCUGCUCGUCUUAGUUUC